UUAUUGUAUACAUUACCUUUAUUUUUGUAAUCUUCUUCCCUAUUUGUGGAUAUUCUCGAGUGAAAUAGAUGAGGCCACGUAGGGAACACAUGAAGUUACCUAGGAGCAGAGUCUAAAAUAUCUUUUUGAGGGACCUCAAACUAUUAUCAUUUGCUAUACUAUUAAUCAUUACGUUAAGUACAUCUUAUUCGUAUAUGGAAAGUACUUAAUGAAGAUAAUAUACUUUAUUUUUUUAUGUAACCAUUCAAGUAUUUGUUGAAAUGCUUUUGUUACCAGAUCUCUUUUACCAGACUUUUAAUUCUGUUCUCCGUAUUUGCAGCGUUUUCAGGCUUUUACUUUCAGUAUUUGCAGGCCUCAGCUCCAUGGAUCAGAAAGCUGUCUGAUCCAUGUCUAUUACCCUAUCUCAGUACCCCUCCCCCUCUGCAGAAUAAACAGGUAGACAGUGAACGUGAAAGUCAGAAUCUUCAUUUAAUACACCAUUUCAGGAGUAAAAACACAGGUUUGAUUUAACACACCGAUGUUGGAGUGAAGUAAACGUGUGUCCUGCUGUAAUAUGAAGAAGGAGACAUGACCUCCAACAUGAGUGUGUCUGGAAAACAGGACUUAAAGAUAGACGAGAGAAUGAUGGAGGGAAAGAGAUCAGACUCACCAGAACCCAGCUGUGUGUCCAUGAAGAGUGACUGGUCAAUGGAUCAUCCAUUUGACUUCAGAGACAGAGCCAAUUCUCCUGAUGUGAGACCACAACAGAAGACAUCAAACCUCAGCAGAAAUCAGCUGGACUCCAUAUUCAAGGAGCUGGAACACAAAGUCAUCACUCUGAUAAAGAAUGAGCUGAAGAGGUUUAGGAAGCUCCUGAGUCCAGAUUACCCAGCAUGCACUGAGAGGGAGGUGGAGGAUGAGGAGGAUCUGCACAGUGUCAGAGACAGAGCGCUGAAGAUCACACUGCACGUCCUGAAGAACAUGAACCACACAGAUCUCGCUAACACACUGCACAACAAGUCUGUGGCCUCUGUGUAUCAGACAAGUGGGAGGAAAGAUUCUUCCUGUGCAAGGUGCUGCUCUCACUUCUUUCAGCAUAGCUCCUGGUCUCAGAACAGGUUUAGUUCAUCGUUGCUGGUGUUGUGUAGAGGAUGUUAUAUUGUGAAAGUCACAACUAUCCCCGCUCAAGGUCUUGUGAAAUAUUUGACCUUGUUUGUGACUAUAUUCACCGUGAUGCUUUCAGCAGUUACUACAUUAGUGUCCUUAAUUUUUUACUAUUUAAACAUUGUUUUAAAGUUUAUUACAGGCUCAAUGAAUGUUCUUCCCCUUCACUAGAAGAUAAAGGCCCGGUUUCACAGACAGGGUAUACAUUAAGCCAGGAUUAGGCCUUCGAUCAAUUAGGACAUUUCAGUAGCUUUUAUAAACGUGUCUUAGAAAAAUAUAUUUCUGGUGCACAUCCUGAGAUAAAACAAUGGCACUGACGUGUUUUAAGAUCCGUCCGUGCAAGUAGCUUUCAGUUAAAACAGCUCAGACAUACAUUUUAGUCUGGGACUAGGCUUGGGCCUUGUCUGUGAAACCAGGGGAAAAAAGAAGAAGGGUGUGCUUUAUUAUGUUCUCUGCAGAAUAUGACAGAAGAAAUGUGACCCACACCUAUAACUAUAAAAAGCAGAUAGAAUUGCAGUUAGCAUGAAACCUCAAAUGUGUAGCUGGGCUGGAAAUGUAUUUUUGUAUGCAUGUAUAUAUUUUUUUUCUAUUACAGAUGAACAAGCAAACAGAUUUAAAGGCUGUUGUGAAUGAUGGGUUACAGAAAUGUCUUCCUGUGUUUAUUAUUAUUUGAAGUUAUAUAUUCUGAUUUGUAAGCAAGAUUAUGAAGUCUCCUUUUGCUAAUCAUUUUACAGCAUUAUUAAAAAGUCCAUGUACACAA